AUGAGGGAGAUCAUCGGUGGUUUCUCAGAAUCUGGAAGAUAUUAUGCUGAAAUCGGUGUUAACGGUAAGGUUAACGUUUGGGAUACGAGUGCUGGUGAUUUACGACACACAUAUUCGCCAAGUGGACAUCUAAACACUUCUGUCACCUGUAUUACUUGGGUCCAAACAGAUAAUACUGACAUACUUUGUAUUGGUACACAAAAGGGUUACGUCGAGUUUUAUAAUGUGGCCAGUGGAAGUAUCCAAACAAAAGUCAAUGUUCAAUCAAAAGCUAUCAAGAGCAUUAAUCGUUUGGGUCAACAUUUAUACAUUGGCUCUGAUGAUGGUCAUGUUGUAAAGUUCGACUUGAAGACUAAUAAAUUAGAAGCAAAAAUGAAAGUCGGUAAAAUGUGUGCGGUAGCUGCAUUACCCGAUGGAAAGAUGUUGACAGCAUCCAGAGAAAUUAAAUUAUGGAAUUUUCCCUCUGGCGAGUUGAUUCAUAAGUUCACUGGUCAUAAGAAUGAAAUCCAUUCGUUACACAUUAUAGAAGCUGACAAAUGUUAUUUGUUGAGUUCUGCUAGAGACCGUUUUAUCAAUAUAUGGUCUCUUAGUGACCUUAAACCAGACCCAUUAGCUUCAUUAGUCGCAGAAGAUAAUAUUUCUUCAGUGUAUGUACAUAAUAUACGUAACAACAUCACAGUGACAGUAACAACAGAAAGUGGUACAUUGCAUGUGUUUGAACAUGUACUUAAUGGUUGUGUUGCACAUCCACUUAAACCUCACGGAACCCUUCAAAUAGCUGUUGAUAACAUCAAAGAUGAAGAAACUGUUCAAAUGCCCAUUAUAUGUAGUAAAAUUUAUGAUUCUGCAGUAUAUGUAGCCUAUGGCACUAGGCCAUUUUUGGCAUUUGAAAACAUUAAAUUACAAAAACUAAACAAAUGUACAUUUAUUGCAAGACAAGACCCAAGAAAAUCUAAAUCAGUCGUAGGGAACCAUAUUAUUAAUCCAAAUAUUACAGACUCUAAAUGUAUUGAACUGAAAAAUAGUAGAUCAUCAAAUUUACCACUUGAAACAAGACUUCAAAAUAUGUCAGAAGAAAUUGAAAACACUGUUCAAACCAAAGGUGAAAGUAUUGUUCAUUUGUUAAUACAAGGUCUUCGUAGCAAUGAUAAAAGUCUUUUAGAGUCCGCUUUAUUUGUUAAAGAUGAACGCACAAUUGAUAAUACGGUUUCACGUUUACCGCUACAAUCCAUCAUCAUGCUUGUACGUAAGUUAAUACGUCUAUCACAAGACAGAACUCUGGUAAGUUCUGUAAGUGCUAAAUGGUUGUCUGCUGUAUUACGUAUACACUCAUCCCUGUUAUUAGCUAAUCCAGAUGUUUUAGAAACGUUUCUGCCAUUAGAAAAUGUAUUGAGUACAAGAUUAAACAAUUUUGAACAACUUGGAUUAUUAGAGUUUAAACUAAAAUCUGUGGUUGACAGUCUAAACUUUGAAAAACGAGAUAAAGAAAAAGAGCAAGAUGCUCUUUUGGUAUACAACGACUCGGAUGAUGAAGACAAAAGAACAACUGAUGAAGAAGCUUUAUUAACAUACAAUGAAUCUAACAGUGAAGAUCAAAGUACAUCCGAUGAAGAAGAAGCAAUGGAUAUAGACUUGAAUGGUGAUGAUCAUCCUAGUAUAUUAAGGUGA